AUGUCUUACAACAAGCCUACCAGCCCACCCCCUUCAUACCCAGCACCCGUCCACGACGGCGCCGGCUACCACCCCGGUUCCCCCCCACCCCAAGGCGGCGGCGCUGCCUCGGACUACUACGGCGGCCAGCAGCAGGGUGGCCAGGGAUACUAUCCCCAGCAACAAGGCUACGGACCCCCUCAGCAGCAGGGUGGUUAUUACCAGCAGCAACCCCAGGGCCAGAUGUAUUACCCCCCGCAGCAGGGCUAUCCCCCUCAGCAGCAGCAGGGUUACUAUGCUGGUGACCGUGGUCAUGGUGGUGGUUCCGGUGCGGGUGGUAUUUGUGCUGGUAUUAUGGCGGCGAUGGCGUGCUGCUGUUGCUUGGAUAUUCUUUUCUAA